CUCCUCUCGCAGCCAUAAAACGAACGUCUAGCAUGCUUCUCUCGUGGUGAGAGAAUGGCUGUUUCGCUAUCUUCCCUGCCGCCUGUUCCUUCGAAAACCAACCUAGGGUUUAAGCCUGAGUUCUCUCGAGGUGGCGCAAUUUUCUCUAUUUGUUCAACGGACAGCAACCUUUUCGGUGAUGCUUCACUCGCCUUCCGGCACUUAAAGAGGCGUCGGAGCCGCCCACGGAGCAGCGGCGGAGCCUUCUCCGUUUUCGUUGUUGCCGCUACUUCGAUAGACUACUACUCGACACUUGGAGUUUCGAGGUCGGCGAGUAGCAAAGAGAUCAAGGCUGCCUAUCGGAAGCUCGCUCGCCAGUACCACCCAGAUGUCAACAAGCAGCCUGGAGCAACUGAAAAAUUCAAGGAGAUAAGCACUGCUUAUGAGGUAUUGUCAGAUGAGAAAAAGAGAGCUUUGUAUGAUCAGUAUGGUGAAGCUGGAGUGAAGAGUGCAGUAGGGGGUUCAUCAGGAACUUAUACGGCUAAUCCUUUUGACCUCUUUGAAACUUUCUUUGGAGCCACUAUGGGAGGUUUUUCUGGUAUGGACCAAGCUGCUUUCAGAACACAGAGGCGAGGUGCUACUAUAAAUGGCGAGGAUAUUCGAUAUGAUAUGAUUUUGGAGUUUUCAGAGGCCAUAUUUGGAGCAGAAAAAGAAAUUGAGCUGUCUCAUUUGGAGACCUGUGAUGCAUGUGCUGGUACUGGAUCUAAAAUUGGCUCCAAAUUGAGAAUAUGUUCGACCUGUGGUGGAAGAGGCCAAGUAAUGCGAACUGAGCAGACACCCUUUGGCUUGUUUUCUCAGGUUUCUAUAUGCCCAACCUGUGGUGGAGAAGGUGAGAUCAUUUCUGAUUACUGCCGCAAAUGUGCUGGGGAAGGGCGUGUUCGUGUUAAGAAGGGCAUUAAGGUAGAAGUUCCUCCUGGUAUUAGCAAGGGCAGCACUCUUCGUGUACGUGGUGAAGGUGAUGCUGGGCCUAAGGGGGGACCUCCUGGAGAUCUUUAUAUAUGCCUUGAUGUUGAGGAGAUACCAGGUAUACAGCGAGAUGGUGUCAACUUAUGUUCAGCUGUUUCUAUAGAUUACAUUGAUGCUAUUUUGGGGGCUGUUGUUAAGGUGAGGACAGUUGAUGGACCUACUGAACUCCAAAUACCUUCUGGCACCCAGCCUGGUGAUGUUAUAGUACUAGCAAAACGAGGUGUUCCCAAGUUAAACAAGCCAUCCACACGUGGUGACCACUUAUUCACUGUAAAGGUUACAAUUCCUAGUCGCAUCAGUGGAAGAGAGCGUGAGUUGCUAGAAGAAUUAGCAUCAUUGCGUGAUAAUUCUGUAGGCCGUCCAAAAGGCAGAUCCCUAAGUAGAAGAACUGAGAUUAAAGAGAUCAAGAAUUCACAACCAUCCAAUGAACAGGUUGACGUUUGGAAGAAGCUUAAAGAUUUUGCUGGUAUCACACAAUAUUAUAACACGACUUCAUGGGAGACUUUUCCUUGCUUGGGAUUCGGCAUACUACUCAGGCAUACUGCUCCUCAAAUCAUUUCUUGCAUGCAUGUUCAUCAAGUAUUUAGGUCUCUUGCCAAUGGAGUACUCAGAUGGUUGAAAAGCAACUUAUAAAACUAAGUAGGGUGGCUCCAUCUGCAUCCAAUUAUGGUAACUCCAAAUCCCACGUUUAUCUUUGCUUGAUUUGCCUGAAAUUUUUUACCUUAAUUUGCGAUUCCAUGGAAAGAGAAUGUGAUUCCAAAAAAAAAAAAAAAAAAACAUUUAGCGUCGUUCUCUCCAUUCUUUACCUUCUUCCCCCCUUCUUUGUUUUAUUUUUGUAAAGCCACCUUUCUCAACUCAAUAUGAGCACUUGUUUGGUGAAAGCCACCGGAUACUCCACUGUCUUUAAAUUUUUUAAAGUGGAGGAGAAUUUGAUUCUUCCUUUAAUGCAUGUAAGCCGCUAUUAGAGGCUGAGACCUUAUUGAAGGAAAGCUUCACAUGUAAUAUUUCAUCAUUAUAUUGGAGUUGAGUUGUUCAA